AUGGAAUACGCCACUUUCAGAGAUCUUGAAGGAGAUCACUUCGCCUUCGGAUCCCAUUUCGAUUCCCCCAAGAGCAUCUCCGCCGCCCCUCGCCCUCUCCCGGCUCUGUCCCCAUGCAAUGGCAGCUGCGGCGGCGACGACGACGGUGAGGAGGAGGAGGAGGUGUACAUCGACGCGGACUUCCAGUUCGACCUCCUGCUCACCGAUCUAGAGGACGACGGCCGGCUCAUCCCCGCCGACAAGAUCUUCUUCCAGGGCCGCAUCCGCCCGCUCUACCCUUCCUUCGACGACGACGACGAAGACGACGACGCAGCGUCGAACGAAGAAGAGGUCAAUGGAAGUCCGGUCGAGGCGGACGGAGCUCUGCGGCAGGGCUUCAAGGGGAUUCCGCCGGAGAGCUACUGCAUUCGGCCUCCGAGGUCAGAGAAGCUGGUCCACGGCCAGCACAAGAAAUGGCCCUCCAUGGGCUUCCUGCACCGGUGGCAGCUCGGCGACUUGAUCUUCAAGCGGCACCGUAACGAUCGGAAGGAGAAGCAGGAGCUGGCGGCGGUGGCGGCGGCUCCUCAUGAGGCGGUGAAGAAGGCGGGGAAGAAGAAGAAGGCGGUGGACAAGACGAAAGACAAGAAGAGGAGGCCAUAG